AUGGCGAGCCAGCCACAGGUCGAUCCCUCAAGUUUGACACUCUUGUUCAAGAAGCACAAAACUACCGUGCUCUUGAUGCUUCCUCCCCACGAGUCCAUCACGACUGCCAAAGAAACGCUGCUCAAAGCUCUCCAAGACCGAGGGAUCAAGGAAAUCAAUGGAGACUCCAUUCCUGAAGAUCACGCAGAAAUCGAGCUGGGUGCCCCGGUGGAUAAGAAUGACCUGGAAAAGGGCUGGACGAGACUGGAGAAUGAGAUACCAGGACUUGAGAAUGGAUCCAAGCGUGGCGCCGGGAAGAAAACCAGUUUAAAAGCAGCAGAUUUACGGAAUGGACAGUCUAUUGCCUUCAGGUUUCGGAAACCCCGUGAACAAAUGGAUAAAGAGGGCGACCUCGAUAUCGAUCUUGACUUGGACGAUUCUGGAUGGGACGUUGUCUUACCAAGCCUUGACGACGAGGAAGAAGAGCCAAAUUGA